UCACUGUCAUAAGUCAUUUCAUUUGGCUAUUGGCGAGUUUAUCGUACACACAUAAAUUCUAAAUAAAAAGUACACUACAAAAAGUUCCACUUCAUCAGUUCACUCCCAUCAUCCGUGUCUUUUAGUUGUGUUAUAAUAAACUUAGUGACAAAAAUCUAAAUCGGAUAAGCCUAUAAUUAUUACUUUAUUAUUAGAUUUUGUGACCCAAUAUCAUUCUGUGUUUGAAGCAGGUUUUUCGCGGCCUAGGUAGUAGAUUGCGCUGAAUAGCAAGGCGGUGGUGGGUAAAGAAAGCGAGUGGAGGUGAUCGCUACAGUGAUGCGCAGCGCUAGGCUCUGGAGCAGCGGCAUGGGGCGCUGCGCGGCACCCUGCAGGGCGCUGAGCGGCAGCGGGCCGCGGGCGGCGGAGGCGCGGCCGGCGCCGGCUCGCGCGGCCCGCAGCAGCACGUCCUUCACACUCAACCUGUUCCGCGGCGCGAUGGAGCCAGCGCAGGUCUUCCCCUUCCCCGAGCCGCUGUCGCCCGACCAGAAGCAGAUGCUGGCCGAGCUCGUGCCGCCCUUUGAGAAGUUCUUCCAGGAGGUGAACGACCCGGCGCGCAAUGACCAGGAGGCGUCCAUCGAGGAGGGCACGCUGUCGGCGCUGUGGGAGCUGGGCGCCUUCGGCAUCCAGGUGCCCGUGGAGCUGGGCGGGCUCGGCCUCACCAACACGCAGUACGCGCGCCUCGUCGAGGUGGUGGGCGCGCACGACCUGGGCGUGGGCAUCACGCUGGGCGCGCACCAGUCCAUCGGCUUCAAGGGCAUCCUGCUGUUCGGCUCGCCGGAGCAGAAGGCGCGCUACCUGCCGCGCGUCACGGGCGGAGAGUUCGCCGCCUUCUGCCUCACCGAGCCCUCCUCGGGCUCCGACGCCGGCUCCAUCAAGUCGCGGGCCGUGCCGGCCGCCGACGGCUCGCACUACGUGCUCAACGGCUCCAAGAUCUGGAUCAGCAACGGCGGCAUCGCCGAGAUCAUGACCGUGUUCGCGCAGACGCCGGUGCAGAAGGACGGCAAGACCGUCGAUAAGGUGACGGCGUUCAUAGUGGAGCGGUCGUUCGGGGGCGUGUCGUCGGGCCCGCCCGAGAACAAGAUGGGCAUCAAGUGCUCCAACACCACCGAGGUGUACUACGAGGACGUGCGCGUGCCAGCCGAGAACGUGCUGGGCGGCGUCGGCAACGGGUUUAAGGUGGCCAUGAACAUCCUGAACAACGGGCGCUUCGGCAUGGCGGCGGCGCUGGCGGGCACCCAGCGGGCGGCGCUGCGCCAGGCGGCCGAGCACGCGGCCACGCGCACGCAGUUCCAGCGCAAGAUCAAGGACUUCGGCACCAUACAGGAGAAGCUGGCGCGCAUGGCGAUGCUGCAGUACACGACGGAGUCGCUGGCGUACAUGGUGUCGGGCAACAUGGACACAGGGGCGCAGGACUACCACCUGGAGGCGGCUAUAUCCAAGGUGUUCGCGUCCGACGCGGCCUGGGCCUCCGUCGACGAGGCCAUCCAGAUCCUCGGCGGCAUGGGCUUCAUGAAGGCCACCGGCCUCGAGCGCGUGCUGCGCGACCUGCGCAUCUUCCGCAUCUUCGAGGGCACCAACGACAUCCUCAGGCUCUUCGUCGCGCUCACCGGCAUCCAGUACGCGGGGGCGCACCUGCAGGAGCUGCAGCGCGCGUUCAAGAACCCGGCGGCCAACCUGGGGCUGAUCUUCAGCGAGGGCGCCAAGCGGGCCGCGGGCGCCGUGGGGCUGGCGGGCGGGCCCGACAUGGCGCCGCACGUGGCGCCGCCGCUGGCGCCCGUGGCCAACGAGCUGGGCAAGCUGGUGGGCGAGUACGGGCGCUGCAUCGAGCAGGUGCUGCGGCGCUACGGGCGCGGCGUGGUGGACGAGCAGUUCGUGCUCAACCGGCUGGCGGCCGCCGCCAUCGACGUGUACACGGCGGCCGUGGUGCUGUCGCGGGCGUCGCGGGCGGCGCGGCUGGCGCUGCCCAGCGCGGCGCACGAGGCGCGGCUGGCCGAGGCCUGGGCCGAGGAGGCCGUGGGCCGCGUGCCGCAGCUGCUGGCCGCGGCGCGCGAGCCGCGCCCGCUGGCGCAGUACGCGCGCCUGGCGGCGCUGGGCGCCGACGUGGCGCAGCACGGCGGCCAGCUCACGCCCAACCCGCUGGGCUUGUGACGGGCCGCCGCCAGUACCUUAUUUAUUCCCUUUAGCCGAUUAUGAUCAAUGUACAUGUUAAAUAAUAAUAAAUAUUUUUAUGAAGUU